GGCAGACAAGCGACUGUGUCUUUUCGCUGCAGCAGUACCGGCCGCCUCACAGCGCGAAUUUCUGGCAUACGCUUUCACCCUCGGCGCAUCAGAUAGUGCGCAUAACGGUGGUGCACAGCUAGAGACAACGUCACAAUGGCCGUCACACUGCGGGACAAGCAAAUAGCUAGCAUAAAGCGAAUCCUCAAUCUCAACGCGCCCAUCACCGACGUAGAAGCCCAGAACGAUGCGAACGAGGUCCCUGAGACAGCUACAGGCGGUGCGAUAUGGAAGGUGUUGGUCUUUGACGAGAUGGGGAGAGACGUCAUAAGCUCAGUUCUGCGAGUGAACGAUCUGAGGGCUUCUGGGGUCACAAUACAUCUGAACAUUGGAACCACGCGCCACAUGAUCCCUGAUGUCCCAGUCAUAUACCUCGUCGAGCCGACCGCACAGAACCUCCAAACCAUUACCUCCGACCUCUCUCGCGGCCUCUACAGCCCCGCAUACCUCAACUUCCUCUCCAGCAUACCUCGACCCCUCCUGGAAGACUUCGGCGCCCAAGUGGUCCAGACAAACACAGCGGAGCACCUAGCGCAGGUCUACGACCAAUACCUGAACUUUGUCGUCUCAGAGCCAGACCUGUUCCACUUGAACAUGAAGGGAGCUUACCACACCCUGAACAGUGGUCAGACAUCAGAUCAGGAGCUGGAUAGCGUUGUAGACAGGAUUGUUUCUGGACUCUUCUCGGUUGUCGUUACAAUGGGAGUCGUGCCCAUCAUCCGCUGUCCCAAAGGCGGUGCGGCCGAGGACAUCUGUGCGAAGCUAGAUCGAAAGCUGCGAGAUCACAUUCUGAACUCGAAAACCAAUCUCUUCUCAGACAACAAAUCCUCGGCGGUCUCUUCGCGGCCGGUGAUGGUCAUUGUCGACCGAAACGUAGACCUGGUGCCCAUGUUCAGCCACUCGUGGAUCUACCAAAGUUUGGUUUACGACGUGCUUGACUUCCACCUUAACAAGAUCAGCAUCUCCGUUCCCGUAGAUAAGGACCACCCCGAGAAGGGAACCAAGAAACAGUCGCACGACCUAACUGCCUCUGACUAUUUCUGGGCCAGGAACGCGUCGCUGCCGUUCCCUAACGUCGCUGAAGAUGUCACAAACGAAUGGAACAAAUACCAGCAAGACGCGGACAACGUCACAAAGAAGACCGGCGCCAACUCUCUAGACGAUCUUAAUGGAGAGACGAAUCAGUUCGCAGCGCACUUGAAGGGCGCCAUGGCUCUACUGCCAGAGUUGCGCGACAGGAAGGCUACCAUCGAGAUGCACAUGAACAUUCUUGAGGCGGUCAUGGAGGGCAUCAAGAAUCGAAAGAUGGACUUUUACUUCCAGCUCGAGGAAGAGCUAGCAAAGCAGACGAAAGCACAAAUCCUCGAGGUCAUCAAGGACAGCGACAAGGGCAACGAUCCGCUGGACAAGCUCCGGCUAUUCCUGCAAUGGUACCUCACCACCGAAACCGAACUAUCGCGCGGCGACUUCGAUUCUUUCACAUCUGCCCUCGAAGCUGCCGGCGCCGACAUCACACCCGUUAAAUACGUCAAAUCCGUGCGCCAACUGACCCGCAUGACAAUGAUCACAUCUACGCCCGCACAGCCCGCACAAAGCACCUCGCACCUCUUCGGUGGUUUCUCGUCACUCUCGUCGCGCGUGACCGACAAGUUCAAGGAAGCCGGACUGGGCGCAAACUUCGAAGGCGUGCUCUCAGGAAUCAAGAACUUCCUCCCCACCAACACCGAUCUCACGCUCACCAAGAUCACCGAGUCGCUCAUGGACCCGCAGAACGCCUCGAGCUCGGCAAUCAGCAAGACAGAGUCGUACCUCUACUUCGACCCGCGCUCGGCUAAUGCGCGCGGCACGCUGCCUCCUGCGAGCGCGGCCCGCAACCAGCAAAAUACUGUUGGCCGCGGGAUCGAAGCGACGUUUGGGCAGCGCAGACAAGGAUUCAGCGAGGCCAUUGUAUUCACGGUCGGUGGUGGGAGUAUGGAUGAGUAUGGCAAUUUGCAGGAGUGGGCGAAGCGGACGAGUGCUGGGACACAGGGGCCGAGCCAGAAGAGGAGGAUCGUAUAUGGUAGUACGGCGCUGUACAGCGCGACAGAGUUUGUCACAAAGGAUCUGGCCAAGUUGGGGGCGGAGAGCUCGUAGACGGAGCGAGUGUGGCGAGCGUGGUCUGCAUCGUCGGUACGGCCAGGUCUGUGCGGCGACUUGCGGCUGCGAUUUGCACGUUGGGAAGUAGAUUGCACGAAUAUCGAAAAUGCAAGUAUCGAACGACUUCAGGU